AUGAGAAAAACCAGGAGAAUACUUUCCACUUUUUUUCAGAAAUCUGAAUUAAGCAAUAUAGGAUUGACGGCAUUAACUCGCCACCAAUUAUCUCUUAUCUACGGUAAAGAUUCAUCUCAUGAAGAAUUUAUUAUUCUUCAUACAUUAACAACAAUAAUGAAUGAUGAUCACUUUCAAAAACUGAUAAAGUAUAUAUGUCAGUUAGCAAAAAGGUCUUUGUCUAAAAAAGGUCUUUUUAUUAAGAAAUUAGAUAUGAGGCCUAGUUUCAAUAGAACCAGUAAAUUAACGCCAGUCAUUCUUUCACCAGGUAUAUUGAAUCCAAGUGUUCUCAGCCCUUCCAUCCUUGGUCCAGUGAUUCUCAGUCCCGGGCUCUUUAAUCCCAGCUUCUUAUGUCCCAGGCUUCUUGGCCCUGUUAUCCUCAAUCCCGGAGGCUUCAGCCCUUUAGUGUUGAGCCCUGUGGCUCUCAGCCCAGUAGUGCUAUCGCCUGGAGUCUUUGGCCCUGUAGUGCUCAGUCCAACAGCUUUAUCACCAGGUGCUCUAAACGCGGGUUUCGGAUCUCCAGUUGUCCUUUCUCCAUUUAUUCUCAAUCCCGGACUGCUAAAUUUCUCUGCAAUGUCACCAUUAAUUUUGAGCCCAUUUGCCUUUUCACCUUCGAUUCUUUCAAACGCCUAG